AUGACCAAGUUCCAGGAGACGGUGACGUUCAAGGACGUGGCCGUGGUCUUCAGUGAGGAGGAGCUGGGGCUGCUGGAUUCCACCCAGAGGAAGCUGUACCGGGACGUGAUGCUGGAGAACUUCAGGAACCUGGUCUCUGUGGGGCAUUCAUCCUCCAAACCAGAUAUGAUAUCCCAGUUGGAGAGAGAGGAAAAGCUUUGCAUGAAGGAGAUCCACACUGAAAGAGGUAGGCACUCAGGAGGCAGGAAUCAAAAUGAGGUGGAGACUCUUCAUGAAGCAGGAAUAAGGUGCCUUUCAUUGGGAGAGCUUUCAUGUUGGCAAAUCAAGAGACAUGUUGUGAGCAAAUUAAACAAAAAUCACGACUCUGUGAUAAAUAUUCAAGGAACGAGUUCUCAGUUCCCCGACCAGUGUGAGUCCCCCUGUCAAGUGGGAGCAGGAAUAUGUAUUCAGGCUUCUGUGGAGGACAGCUGUAUCAUGAAUCUUCUAGAGGAUCAUUCCAAGAUUAUUGAAAAGCAAGAAUGUCUGGCUGGGAGAGCUCAUAAUUCUUGGAGUAAAAUAUAUCUCAGUGAAACACAGAAUUAUCAGAGAAGUUGUAAGACUCAGAUGAAAAGCCAGUUAUGUAUAUUUGCUCCAUACGUUAACAUUUUCAGUUGUAUUUCACACCACCAUGAUGACGGUACAGUGCACAAAAGAGACAAAGCUCACAAUAGUGACUGUGGUAAGGUGUCCCCUCUUAUCCAGCAGACCUACCACUGUAGUGAAUGUGAGAAAGCAUUCAGUGAUGGCCCCAGUCUUGAACUUCAUCAACAGGUACACUCGGGAAAGAAGUCCCCCGCUUACAGUGCACAUGAGAAGGACACCAGUUAUAGCCCAGCUGUUCCCAUUCAGCAAAGUGUUUACACAGGAAAGAAACGCUAUUGGUGUCAUGAGUGUGGGAAGGGUUUCAGCCAGAGCUCAAAUCUGCAAACUCACCAGAGAGUCCACACAGGGGAGAAGCCCUAUUCAUGCCUUGAGUGUGGUAAGAGCUUUAACCAGACCUCACAUCUUUAUGCCCAUUUGCCUAUCCACACGGGAGAGAAACCCUACCGAUGUGAAAGUUGUGGGAAGGGCUUCAGUCGUAGCACUGAUCUGAAUAUUCAUUGCAGAGUUCACACUGGAGAGAAACCUUACAAAUGUGAGGUGUGCGGGAAGGGCUUCACUCAGAGAUCACAUCUUCAGGCCCACGAGAGAAUCCACACUGGAGAGAAACCAUACAAAUGUGGAGAUUGUGGUAAACGCUUUAGUUGUAGCUCAAAUCUUCAUACCCAUCAGAGAGUCCACACUGAAGAGAAACCAUACAAGUGUGAUGAGUGUGGGAAGUGCUUCAGUUUGAGCUUUAAUCUUCACAGCCACCAACGAGUCCACACUGGGGAGAAACCGUAUAAGUGUGAAGAGUGUGGGAAGGGUUUUAGUUCAGCCUCAAGUUUUCAGAGCCAUCAGAGAGUUCACACAGGAGAGAAACCAUUUCGCUGCAAUGUGUGUGGUAAAGGCUUCAGUCAGAGUUCGUAUUUUCAAGCCCACCAGAGGGUCCACACUGGAGAAAAACCAUACAAAUGUGAGGUGUGUGGGAAGCGCUUCAAUUGGAGCUUGAAUCUUCACAAUCAUCAGAGGGUCCACACAGGAGAGAAACCUUAUAAAUGUGAAGAGUGUGGGAAGGGCUUCAGUCAGGCCUCAAAUCUUCAAGCUCAUCAGAGUGUCCACACCGGGGAGAAGCCAUUCAAGUGUGAAGCGUGUCAGAAGCGAUUCAGCCAGGCCUCACAUCUUCAAGCCCAUCAGAGAGUCCACACCGGAGAGAAACCAUAUAAAUGUGAUACAUGUGGUAAGGCCUUCAGCCAGAGGUCAAAUCUUCAAGUUCAUCAGAUAAUUCACACUGGAGAGAAACCAUUUAAAUGUGAGGAAUGUGGGAAAGAAUUUAGUUGGAGUGCUGGGCUCAGUGCUCAUCAGAGAGUUCACACAGGAGAGAAACCCUAUACAUGUCAGCAGUGUGGUAAAGGCUUCAGUCAGGCCUCGCAUUUUCACACACAUCAGAGGGUCCACACUGGGGAAAGGCCAUACAUAUGUGAUGUCUGUUGUAAAGGCUUCAGCCAGAGAUCACAUCUUGUAUACCAUCAGAGAGUCCACACUGGAGGAAAUCUGUAGACAUGUGAGGUGUGGUGUAGCCUUCAGUUAAAGUUCACAUCCUCCUCUCUACUGGAAAGUCGAUGCUGGGAAUUGUGGAAAGUUCCUUCAGAACUCAGAAGCCUCAAGGAAUCUUCACAUGCAAGUAAGCUCUGUAAAGUGCUGUUUUAAGGACUCAGUUGGGAGAUAAAUUCUUUACAAACAUCAGAUUUCACAGAGAGAAAACCUAUAAAUACAGUCAAUGUUUGAGUUCUGAAUGUCCCAAUCUUCAGGAUGCAACACAAAAGAAUUUCAAAAUUCAUCUGAGUCUACCCAGGAAAGAGGCCUUAUAAAUGAAGAUUAGGGGCAGAACUUUAAUGAAAGUAUAAGGGACAAGUAAAAUUAACAGCAAUGGCAAUGUAACCUCCAUGUAGGGAAGGAUGUUUUUCACUGCUUUAUCUCUACCGUGUAGAAGUGUGCUUGGCUCCUAAUAGAUGCCCAGCAAUUACUGAACAAGGAGAAAAUCUAUCAUUAGGACAAGUAUUUGAAAAUUGUACUCCCCUACCCAGAUUUCAUAAUAACAUACUCAAAAGGAAUCCUGC